CUUUCACAGCAGUUAUAGCCUUAUAUUAUAAAGCACCAUUGCACAUAACAAUUUCCAUUAGCUCUUAAACAAUUGUAGAGGUCACUAGUUGCUGACAAUUAAUUAGUAGAGGUGGUAACAAUUUGAGUUGAUCAGCAAAAAUGUCUCGUGGCUUCCAAAUUAGGGCGACUCCAGUUACCAUACUUGGCCAUUUGUUGUUCAUAGCAAUAGCAACCCUUGUGUUAGUAUGGUUACUGCGCUUCCGUGAAGGUGUUGCUUUCAAUUCUUCAGAAAAAGCCAAGAUAUUAAAUCUGCAUCCACUUCUAAUGGUAAUUGGGUUUAUUUUAGUUGGUGGAGAAGCAAUCAUGGCAUACAAGUCCAUCCCUGGAACACGAAGAACAGCAAAGGUGGUUCACCUUCUACUACAUGUGAUAGCUCUAGCAUCUGGUGUUUUAGGAAUUAUUACAGUUUUCAAAUUUAAGAAAGAAACAGGUCUUCCUAAUAUGUAUACAUUGCACUCUUGGCUUGGCAUGUCAGCAAUAUGCUCAUUUGGCCUACAGUAUAUCUUUUCCUUCUUCGCCUAUUUCUUCCCAGGAGCAGAAGUAUCUACUAGAGCCACGCUUUUACCAUGGCACAGGUUCAUAGGAAUUGCCAUCUUUCUUCUUGCAGUUGGCACAGCUGAGACGGGUUUGCUCGAAUAUUUUCAGUUUCUAGGCCUUUUCCGCAGCCAAGAGGCUCUAAUAGUGAACUUCACUGGCCUCUUACUCUUUCUGUUUGCUGCCUCUGUUAGCCUCUCAGUAAUUCUCCCAAGAAAAUACUACUAGUAAAUAAUGUAUUUGAGUUCACUAUAAUUUGAACAAAUAUUGUCUGCAAUUGACACAAUUUA